AUGAAACCGACCACAGAAAGGACACAUGGCAGCGUGAGCCGGGGCAAGAGGCAGCUGUCACCUCGCUCGCCCCAGCGGGGACCCCGGGCACCCCGGCGGCUCCGGUGUUCCGGCUCCGUGCACCUGCGGGAAUGGCCAGGUUACCUGACCAAGCUCCUGCAGAACCACACAGCCUAUGCCUGCGACGGGGACCGCCUGAGCCUGCAGUGCCCUCGGCACUCCACCAUCAGCGUGCAGUCCGCGUUCUACGGGCAGGGCUACCGGGCCUGUAGCACCCAGCAGCCCGGCUCCCAGGGGGACGACAGCCUCGCCUGCGUGGCGCCCACCACCUUCCAGAAGGUGUUGGACGAGUGCCAGAACCAGCGGGCCUGCCACCUCCUGGUCAACAGCCGUGUGUUUGGACCUGACCUUUGUCCAGGGAGCAGUAAAUACCUCCUGGUGUCCUUUAAGUGCCAGCCUAAUGAACUGAAAAACAAAACCGUGUGCGAGGACCAGGAGCUGAAACUGCACUGCCACGAAUCCAAGUUUCUCAACAUCUACUCCGCCACCUACGGCAGGAGGGCCUGGGAUGGGGACCUGUGCGCCUCGGAGGCACCGCGGCUGCCCCCCUUCGACUGCCUGUCUCACUCCGCGGUGCACGUGCUGGCCCGGAGGUGCUACGGGAGGCAGAGAUGCAGAAUCCUGGUCAACAACCUCCACUUCGGGAGCCCCUGCCUGCCUGGGGUGAAAAAGUACCUCACGGUCACCUAUGCCUGCGUUCCCAAGAACAUACUCACAGCGAUCGACCCGGCCAUUGCAGACCUGAAACCUUCCUUGAAGCCGGACGGUGGCUAUGGUGUAAACUUUGACCCAAGCGAGUCGAGGGUUCUGAGGAAAGACGGGGUUCUGGUCAGCAGCUCUCUGGCAGCCUUUGCUUACAUUAGAGCCCACCCCGAGAGAGCGGCCCUGCUGUUUGUGUCCAGUGUCUGCGUCGGCCUGGCCCUCACGCUGUGCGCCUUGGUGGCCAGAGUGUCCUGCACCAAAGACCUGCAGGAGCUGCAGCUGGGGAGGGAGCGCCUGGUGGCCGGGAGCGAGGAGGCCGAGGAGGACAGCAAGGACGCCGAGCUGGGGGAGGACUCCUCCGGCUCCUCCUUCCCCGCGGAGCCCGCGGGGUUUGGCAGGACUCCGUACCCCGCCUACUCGUCCGCCGAGGCCGCGGAGCUGGCGGAGAGGAUUGAGCGCAGGGAGCAGAUCAUCCGGGAGAUAUGGAUGAACAGCGGCCUGGACGCCUCGGUGCCCCGCAGCUCGGGCCCCUUCUUCUGAGCCGCCCUCGGCUCCUGCCUCACUCGUACCUUCCGUGAAGGAGAAUGUCCUGUCGUCCGAACCUGGGGAAGCCAAAGUGACAAAAGGGACGUUUCAAAGUGUUUACACACAUUUCCAAAUAAAGUAGGAGGACUAA